AAUGUGCCCCAAAACGCCGGCUUGUGGUUUCCAACGAGGUCUCGAGGGUUGAGGCCCGCCGCUUCGGCUUCCAAAAUUGAGCAAUGCUCUUUUGCGCACCUGCAGCUCUUUUUUAUAUUAUUAGCUUUCCAGUCGACGCGCCGCUGCCUACUCUAGUUUAGUGCUCUGCCAUGGUGCCUUGCUAACUGCACUGCGGCGACGCGAGCACGGCGCAAGCGGAGACGACAGUCGCCGCCGCGUAGUGGCCUACGAAACUCCCAGAAUUUCAGUAUGAUCGAGUAUGUUCUUAACUAUGAUUUGCUGAAGGCAUGUAUUGAAGACAUACUCUCAACAAUAAACCCUGUGGAAGAUGAUAAAAGGAAACGGUUAAGUGCAAUUCAGGAGCUGGCAGAUUCCAUCUACUCAGUUGGGCCCUUGAGAGGUGCUGCUGUCAAACCGUUUGGAUCAUUUUUAUCAAACCUUUAUGCAAAGUCUGGUGAUUUGGAUGUUUCAGUUGAUCUCCGGAAUGGCUCAAGACUUCCUAUAAGCAAGAAAAAGAAGCAAAAUGCCUUGAGAGAACUAAUGAAAGCUUUACAAAUGAGAGGUGUUGCUAGAUGUAUGGAGUUCAUUCCUACUGCAAGAGUUCCAAUUCUUAAGUACAUGAGCAACCACUUUGGUAUUUCCUGUGAUGUAUCAGUUAACAACUACCCUGGUCAAAUCAAAUCGAGAAUCUUGUACUGGAUCGGUACUAUAGAUGAGCGCUUCGGUGAUAUGGUUUUAUUGGUCAAGGAGUGGGCAAAAGCUCGAAAUAUUAACGACCCAAAAAAUGGAACCCUGAACUCCUAUUCUCUGUGCUUGCUUGUCAUCUUUCAUUUUCAGACAUGUGAGCCUGCAAUUUUACCACCUCUGAAGGAUGUUUUUGAUGUGAAAGCUGCAGAAGAAUUGGUGCUUUAUGAUGAGAACAAUGUUGAUGCCCUUUGCUUAGCAAAUAUAGAAAGGUUUCUGCGCCAGAAUGCGGGGCACAAAAAUCAGAGCUCUCUUUCACACGUCCUUGAAUCUUUUUUUCACAAGUUUUUUAGCAUCCAGAAGCUUUCAAACAAAGUGGUAUCCACUUACACAGGCCGGCUUGAGAAAAUCCAGGACAACACAAGUUGGAUGGCCAAAUCAUACAGUUUGUUUGUCGAAGAUCCGUUCGAGAGACCUGAUAAUGCCUCUAGAGCCGUUAGAGCAGAGGAGCUUAAACGUAUUGAGUGGGCUUUCAACCAUGUGAACUAUAACUUUACUGCUCGUGCCCUCAAUCGGGAUGAGCUACUGUCACUGCUGUGUACACCUCCUGUUCAAUCUAUUAUUGCAAAACGUCCACCCAAUUGUCAGUCAACUGUGGCAGCUAGACUUUAUGAUGAUCAACAUCACCUGCAAGCCAGAGGUUCUACUGGAAGCAUAUCAAGUUCACAGGGUCAUGCUACAGGACGCCAGAUGGCACACACAGACCAGUAUCUCAAACAACCACAGCCCUAUAAUGCAGAGCGCAUGAAAGCAGGACAAUACCAGAGUAUCAAUCGUCCACAGGUCAAUACUACAGGGCUUGAAAUAGCAGUACCAGUCCAGUAUCAUAGUCAUACAACAAGUUUGCAAAGGGCAGGGAGACGAACAGUAAGUCAGUACCAGAAUCAGCAGCGAAGAAUGGAAUACUCGCCAUACCAGCGUUCUGGCACUACAAGGUAUGACCCCGCUGGCAGACGGUGGUCCCACAAUGGAUCAACAUGGGACUCUGCAUCUCAAGCCUCCACAAGCAAUACAUCAUGGCAAAGGUAGCGGCCGUUCUGUGAAGGCGACAACUACCAUCAGCUGACCAAUUCCAAGUGUGAUGAUAGCAACAGUUCAUCUUCAUCUUUUGCCUGAUGAUAAGAAUCAUCUGUGACAUUAACAUAGUUUUUGCCUGACUAUAGCAUCAACUUAUGCGAGCUUAGCUCGUGUCGAUGUCGUAACGAUGCUAGUACCCUUGUUUUGGAUCUAGCCCUUAUUGCUGCGAGGCUCUCGCCACUCCAGUAGUCUGUGUAAUAUGGUGUAGUGAAUGUGACUAAGUUAACUGUCAAGUUAUAGUUUCAUCACUAAAGUAUCUGGCUCAUUUACAGAACCCUCUCAGGAAUUUGCAAGUGCAUUGGAUACCCUCCAACAAGUACCGGAGGGUCCCUCCUGCGGUCCUGCCAAGCCAUUUCAGACGGGGUUUCGACUCCCUCCGCCUGCUUGCCUCAUGGCUAAUUUAGAAAGAGCGUAGUCGGGUAUUCGAGGGAACUUGUGCGACAUCUUCGAUCAUCGACGAGGGGAAUGCUUGGGUGUCAGCUGGCUACUCAGCUGUGUCGGUCUUCAUUGCCAGGGGCACAACUCACAAGCGUUGGUUUGGUGGUUGCAUAAUGCUACAGUCGCACGAUGGUUAAACAUGUAGCUUACUGAGAGUGCCUGCGGGACAGUUCAAAAAACAAACAAACAAAAAAAGUGCCUGCAGGCCGACGGCCUUGUGUAAUUUCCCUUUCCUUCCUUUGUGUGCGUCGUUGAUUUAGCGAUGUAAUUUGCUUACCUCUCAAUGAAAUACACGUGACGUUGAUCCAA